GCCAACAUAAUUAGAAGUAAAACUAGAGAUAUUUAACUUUGCAUUGCCUUAAAAUGAUCCCGAAAAGGAUACAACAACUGAUAACAAUAUUUACAUCUUAAGGAUACGAAACAAUGCAACUAGUUAUUUAAUUAGAAAAAAAGUACAAAAUAAAACAACAACACAAGAGUGAUUUUAAAAAGAUAAUUUAAAUAAUAAUAAAAAAAUUAAUAAAAGACAUAAACAUAUUUAAAAUGUUUUUAAAUUUUUUUAAGAAUGGCGUUUUUAACGUUGACUAUCGCCGACAGUUAUUUGCUUCAAUGAGUGCAACGAUUAUGUCACUGUUGCAUGGCAUUGGUUUGGGAUGGCUUUCGCCCAUGUUGCCAAAAAUGCAAUCUCCCGAUGAUACGCCAUUCGACUUUGUUGUCGAUAUUAAUGAGUCGUCAUGGAUUGGCGCCGCCAUUUGUAUAGGUGGUGUAUUAGGAAAUCUCCUUUUUCUUUCGAUAUUAGACCGUUUUGGUCGAAAGAUUGCCAUUUAUGGUUUAGCAUUUCCGCAUAUGUGCCUUUGGUUGUUUCUUUAUUUUGCCCAUUCAAUUGAGUUAAUAUAUGCUGCCCGUGUAUUUGGAGGUCUAACUGGCGGUGGUAUUUAUAUAGUGAUACCGAUUUUCAUAAGUGAAAUAUCCGAUCCCUCAAUACGAGGUCGUCUAACAUCGCUGUUCGCAUUGACACUCAAUUUGGGUGUAUUGAUUGGUUACAUUUUAUCAUCAUAUGUUCCUUAUCACAUCAUACCAUGGAUUGUUUUGCCAUUUCCUGUAAUUUAUCUAAUAAUUGCGACAUACUUUCCCGAAACCCCUCAAUAUCUAUUGCGUACAGGAAGGGAGGACGAAGCUCGAAAAUCAUUUUUGUUUUACAAAAACGAUAUCGACCAGAGGAGUGCUGCGGAAAAAAUUACCGCACAUAAUCAAUUUGAAGAGCUAAAAAUAGCGAUAACGCAUCAAGAGAGCAAGAGUGAAAAAGUUACAUUAAAUGAUUUCUUCAAUCGAAAAGCAUUGAAGAUCAUCUGUACCGGUAUUGUGCUCAUGAUUCUCAAUAUAUUUUGCGGAUCGUUUGCAUUGAUCAAUUACAUGUCGAGCAUUUUUACGGCCACGAAAACCGAGCUGCAUCCCGACAUCAACACUAUAAUAAUUGGUUUUGUGCAAGUAUUUGGCACAUACACGGCCACAAUAUUGGUUGACCGAUUCGGCCGUAAGAUUCUUAUGAUUGUGUCAACAUCUGGCAUGGGCAUGGGUAUGGCGGCAUUUGGAAUGUAUGCAUUUUUUGCCGAAGAGACUGAUGUUGAUCUGACACCUUACAGCAGCUGGCUGCCGCUUCUGUUGAUGGCGUUGAUAAUAUUUUUGGCAAAUGUUGGUAUCAUUUCAGUGACAUUUGUUGUGCUAGUGGAAAUCUUGCCGCCCAAGAUACGUUCCAUUGGAUCCUCCUUCUGCUUGGCUUUACUCAGUUUAUUCGCACUAGCUCUUCUUCGAUUUUUCCCAGUGGCAAUGCAUUCCUUUGGACUAUCGGCUGCAAUGUGGUUUUGUGCAACAAUAUGUGCCUUUGGAUUAUUUUAUAUAUCGGUGUUUUUAGAAGAAACAAAAGGAAAAUCAAUGAACAGUCAAAAAUAACUUUAAUUAUAUAUAAAUAUUUAUUUAAUAAACAAACAAAAAUGCUAAAUACAAUAGAAUA